GUGAGCAUGUAGCCGACAACAACAUGGGAAGGAGGCAAAGUUACUAACUGGAACCGAACCUGAGCUCAGAACGUGACCUGUAGAGUCCACCCCCGCUGUAGCAGCCAACAUUUAGCUUAAAGUGACCUGAAGUCUGUUCUUAGCACUGAGGACCCACUGAAGCAGAGCAAUGCAGUGCACUCCUGAAUCUAAUGUCCACCUGCAUAGUCACAAAGCCCAGCGCUGUUACGAUGACUGCACUGACAGCGGAUACUCAGGUUUGUUCCAGAGCCCACAGACCAUCACUGGAAUCCAGUCCUCUAGAUCAUCAUCUCCAGCCGAGUUCAAUGAAACUCCCAAGGAAAACAUCAGGUUUACUCCCACUCCUAAAGAAAAGGCCAGAGAUUCGGUCAAGAUCUUUUGCACAGACUCCAAAGAAGUCCUGCAGCCUGGAAGCUGGAGUGAAACUCCUAAAAUUUCAAAAAGAGAUGCUUCAUUGCAACGCAGACUUGCCUUGUGUAAACACACUGCAGCCAAAAAUACUAGUGUGAGAUCACCUUCUAACACAAAAUCUGAGUCCAGCUUCAGAGUCAGGUCUGAGCACUGGCUCAGUGCGUCGUUUGACUCUUUAGAUAUUGUGACCGAUGGGGCAACAAGCACUUUAAAACUGGAUCAGGAUCUGUCCUUUUCUGGGAGGAAACGUCAUCUCUUCACUCAAGUGAGGACCUCUACCCUUGAAGAUGGCAAAGUCAACGUUCGUCACCUCUCUGCUUUUGAGACAAGUGUUUCCCUCUCAGAGUCUGAUUCCUGUGAAGUCAUUUCCACUGCAGACCGACUUGAUAUCGCUACUCCGGGAUUCGGCAAGCUGCUUCCCAUCUUAACACCAGAGAAAGGGGACACGAGUGUUUUCAGCACACCAACAUUCACACAAACGCCCAAAUAUGCCAGGUCUGUGUGCGAGGACAGUGGGUUCGGUUCCGCGACACUUGAUAAAUCCCAAGACUCCUCGGUGGACCAUGAGUUUUCCUUCCAGGACCUGCUUACCUCUUCUUCCAGAGCAAAUGGUGAAACCCCCAAUCUAUCGGAUACAAAGCGGCACUCCCGUUUCCAGCGUCAGCACAGGCUUUCUACUCUUAAAGAAGGUGGCUCUCAGUCUGAGGACGACUCGGGAGAAAAAACACAUCACCAACCUUUGAAGUGCUACAGCUACUCUAAAGAAGAUGAGGUUUUUGCUGAAGAUGCUACCCCUAGCAAAGCUCCACCUGCUAGAUGUUUUAACAGUGUUUCCUCUGGGGAACAGGACUGCACCACACCACUAAGUGCCUCAAUAAUACUAGACACAACACCUAACUCUGCCAUCACGACGACCCCAGUCAGUUUCUCCUUAACUCCAGCCUUGCAGUUAGUUCAUUCUAUGUGCCAGCAAAGAGUUCAGAUGUUUUCUGGCCAAAUUCCCAGUAUGAAGGAGGAGUUGAAGAUGCUGAAGGCACUGAUUGAGACUCCAGGCAGCUUAAGGACUAGCAUGCCACUGGCAGGGCUGAUAGGCAGGAGGAUGGGUCUGAGGAAAGUGGACAUUCUUACGGAGCUCAAGAAGAUGAAUCUAAAGCACAUCCUGGCUAACAUUUUAAGGAACCUGAACUCUGAGAGUGUCCACAGAUGUGCUCAAGUGUGUAAAAGCUGGGGUGAAAUUAUCCAGCAGGACAAUCGAGCUAGCCAAAUGAGAAGAAGCUACCAGAGUGAAGUAGAGGCAGCUCUAGAGCAUGGAGGCCCUGUCCAUGUCUCUGGAGUAGAGACCAGAGUUGGUUUGCUGCAUAGGUCUCCUCUAAAAGCUGUUCAGGCCCAGUCCAGAACCACCAGCUACUGCACCCCACAGUCAGCAAGCAGCAAUGUAACUCCCUUACAGCACAGUACCGCAAAGACAACCGGCAGAAGCAAACGAGAUACAUUUCUGAAGGUUGCUAAAACCCUCUUUAUUGAUGAGAGCCUUAAGCCGUGCCCUAGAUGCCAAGAUCCUGCGAGGUGCCAUUCAGUGAAAGGGGAAGGCGUUUGCAGCAGAGCUGACUGUGGCUUUCAGUUUUGCAUUUUGUGCUUGUGUGCUUUUCAUGGCUCCAGGGAGUGUGGCAGCCAUUCUGCAGGCCAUCACAAGAGUGACGCCCUACUUCCAGGAAGUGCUCAAAGCAAGAGAAACAUUAGAAGACUGUGAGCAGGACUAUUCUCCAUCUGUUUUUUAAAGGUCCACAUGAAAAAUCUGGAGUAGUUAUAAACAUUGUGUGUGGUAUUUAUUGUGUAAGUGUUUUUACAUGUACUUCUGUUUUUCCCCAGCUUAUAGUUAUGUUUUUACCUAUGCCUAUCAACGGCUGAUUUUAGUGAUGCGGCCAUCAAGGCACUGGCUCUGUAAAAGGCCCUUUUUUCACAGGGAUUGAGUUUUUUCUUUUUUUAUUAAUGUGUAUUCAGAAUUUUCUUAAAUUAAAGUUUUUUUCUAUUUUUAAUAUUUUUGUCACUACUGAUUUGAGUAUUAUCUUUUCUGUGGUUUGGCACCAUCUAGUGUUGUAAUGUGAACACUGCAACGACGUUUGAAUUGCUUUAUUGCCUGUAAGUGAUUUUUAAGCAUUGCAAAGUGAAUAAAUGAAGUAAACAUCA